AGUUUUUCAAUUUUAUAGAUGACGAACAUCGGCAACAGUGUUUAUUGUAGAAAUGUAAUUUAUGAUUCAGCAACAGGAGCUUCUAAGAAAGCAACACAUAUAGCAAGGAGAUUGAUAGAAGGGGUUUUUACCCAUGAGUCUCUUAUAAAGUGCACCUUAACGGGACAGGCUCCUCGUGGUAAAGACACAAAAUCAGAUUUUGCAAUUAGACCGCUUAAUAAGCGGGGCAAAGAUGUUAUUCUUGAUUUUGCUAUUCGCUAUGCAGCCACAAAAAACUGGCCAAAACAAGAUUCUACUGUCAUUUUUAAGUAUAAUUUUUAAUUAUAAUUAGUUUUAUAAAUACUUUCCUUCGACGUAUAAUUAGUUUAGAUUAUAUUUAAUACUUUAUUUAAUU